AUGGAAGCAAGGACAGGACGAGAUAAACAAGUAUAUAAAAAAGGCAGUAUACGUCAGGUUGCUGGUUGUGUACCAAUUAACAAAAAUACAAGAAAAAUCUUAUUAAUAACAAGAAGAAAGAAAGAAGGCGGUUGGGUACUGCCUAAAGGUGGUUGGGAAAAUGAUGAAACAGAGCAAGAAGCUGCUGCUAGAGAAACAUACGAAGAAGCUGGAGCAAGAGGCAGAGUUAUAUCGUUUAUUGGAGCAUGGGAUCAUGAUAUAAAUAAAUCGACAGGGUUACCAAAAGCAAUGUUCAGUUUCUUUGAGAUGGAGGUAGAUCAAUUAGAAGAUAGAUGGCCAGAAAUGGAUGAACGUGAUAGACAAUGGCUCUAA